UUGGAAAAGUUGCUGUGAGGACCUGCUACUGCUCUUCUAUCGAGACAGCAGCUGUGGCGCGCUAGUAGUCUAGUACUGCGAGAGUUUGAGGCGCUCUGUCUUUCUUUGAAAUACGACUGUUGAACGAAAUUAGGCUACUUCUAUGUCAAAAAGGACAUGCUACCUUUUACUUUGAUUGGAUAACAGGAACGACUUUGCAAGUGAAAGUUCAUGGACUCACGUUGAUAUCCUUUGAGGCUUUGACGCUUGAACCACACGUGAAACAGUCGCCUAACAAGAAGGCCAUUUAUUUUGGGGAGCAGAAUGUUUCUGAAAUGAGAUUGGAGUGAUCUUUCUGACGCUGGGGACUGGAAAAGCACAGAGCUGUCGGAUGUAAUGGCCAUUUUUAUUUUAUUUUUUCCGGGACUGAUCUCACUGCUUUCGCAAUGUGAUUUCUGGAGGAGAGCUGACGAACUCCUCUCCAUCUACCCUCUCUCUCUCUGCGACUCUCCCCCUCCCCAAGAUGAGUGCCAAGUCAGCCAUCAACAAGGUGGUGUUCACGCCCCACGAUGAGAAGAUGCUUGCAGCCGUGCAGGUGAAGAGGAGGACCAAGAAGAAGAUCCCCUUCCUGGCUACUGGAGGACAGGGAGACUACAUGACCUUCAUCUGCCUUUCGGUGACUAAUAAGAAGCCUUCCCAUGUGUCCAUCACCAAGGUGAAGCAGUUCCCAGGUUCAUCGUCCUUCGCCAAGAGGUCAAUGUGGACCAUCGACCAGCUGAGACAGGUCAACGGCUGUGACCCCAACAAAGACUGUCCAGAGUUUGACUUGGCAUUUGACAAUGCCUUUGACCAGUGGGUGGCUGGCUCGGCCGGUGAAAAGUGCACCUUUAUCCAGAUCCUCCACCACACCUGCCAGCGCUACAGCUCUCAGAGCAAGCCAGAAUUUGUCAACUGUCAGUCCAAACUGCUGGGAGACGAUGAAACUGUAGAUUCAGUCGUUUUCCGUUGCAAGGUCUUUUUGAGCAGAAUGAGGAAAGAAGUUGUUUUAAACAGUCGACGCCAAGGUCGCCGGCUACUCUUAGAAGGUAACAGUAUACUCCACUCUGCAGCAGACAGUGUGACCAGUGCUGUACAGAAGGCCAGCCAGGCUCUGAACGAGCGAGGGGAGCGGUUAAGCCGGGCGGAGGAGAAAACAGGGGAGAUGAAGAACAGUGCUGAGCAGUUCUCAGUCACCGCACACAAGCUGGCCAUGAAGCACAAGUGUUAAACCAUUGCUAAGCCUUCGGGAGUAGGGGUCCGCCAAGAGCGCCAGACGCCAUUAAGGACGGAUUUCUGAUUUUAUUAUUCUUACAACUUUUAACAUGCUUAGUCUUGUUAACAACGGUAACAUUUACAUUUUGUGUUGUUGUGUAGCUACCUUGUUUCUAAUGAAGAAUAUAUGAUGAUGUUGAGGGGGGAGAGCUCAGGCAGUUAAGAGCAAAGGUUUCACAGCUUAACUCCUCUUUCACUGCCUCCAUUGCCCCCAAAGUACUCCAUGACUUUACGUAGGCAAACCAUGGAAAUGGUCACUGCCAUCCCCAACCUAGACAAACACACACACACACACACACAUUCCAGAUCUCUCUUCCCCCCCCCCCCCCCAAAAAAAAAGGAGCAGCUCUUCAACUCCGCUGUCUCUCUCAAAGAAGUAACUUUAUAUAUACAGUGCUGGAAAAGGAGAAUUUAACAAGACAGAAGAGAUUGGAUGACGUGACACAUGCGUAUCACAUGAUGGCUAUUUCCUGUACUUGGAGACAACAAUGUACAUCCCUGUAUGUGAACAUUAACUUGUUAAAAAAUGUUAGAUCUCUUUUGCCAUUUGACUAUUUGGCAUCACACUGUUGUAAAGGCUCAUUGGUGCAUUCAUUCAUUGCAGACAUAGUACUAGCCAAAUGUGUGACGGACAUGUUGCUUCAAAAACCUCCUGCUGGAAGACUAUAUUUCAACUAAGAUGGUAUGAAAUGUGCUGUUUUCCAACUAAAAAGUCUGAGUGACCAAGUGUUCAGGUGCAUGGUCUCUGUCAAAAGGUUGAAUGAAACCUACAGAGUAAAGACGAGCAUUUAGGCUUUACUUUUGGUAACAUUUCCGAAGGGUUAUUGAAGCACUUGGUUGUGAGGACAAGAUCAGACUGUUUAUUGUAAGGUGAAAGACUACAGUGCCAUUGUAAAUUAGCUUCAACUGUUGUUAACAAGCUUAUAAACCUGUAAAUUCAUUCUACCACAAUCUCUGAAAAUAAUAUUUCCAUUCUAACUUGGUCACAUCUUGUAAUUCUUGUUUAAUUGGGGUUUAUUAAAUGUUUUCUGUAAAACCGCUGACUAACACGUCUUCACUAGCGGCAUUGUACAGUAUUUGCGUCCAUUCACUGACUGUGUAACCGUGGCUUCAUCACAAACAAGUAACCACCCACAGUGUGGGUAUGUUUAUUACUUUUAGAUUCUAUAUGUCUUGCUGUUACAGUGCACGGACAACCUUACCUUGCAGAGCACUGUUAAGUUCUUAAUGAAAUUCUCGUUGCCUCAACUUCUAGUCUGCUUUAGUCCUAACAUUUUGGAUAUUCAUUGUUUUUAAUAAAAAUAUUGAAACUA